AUGUUUCGCCAAGUAACAACGGCGGCCAGCCGUGCACAUGCCGUGCCCAGCAUCCGCUCCUUCGCAACCGCCUCACCCGUCAGCGCAGCCCGCAGCCACAAGGUCGUCGUCGUGGGCGGCGGUUCAGCUGGUAUUUCAAUCAGUCACCAGCUGCUCCAAUCCGGCAAAUUCAAGACACACGACAUCGCCAUAGUUGACCCGGCCGAAUGGCACCACUACCAGCCCGGCUGGACUCUCGUCGGCGGAGGACUGAAGGACAGAGAGGAAUUGCGCCGACCACUACGUAGCCUGAUUGAUUCCCAGCUCAAAUUCUACAACGAAAGCGUGACCACAUUCACACCAGAGGGCAACUUCGUUACCCUCGGCAAUGGCGACAAGAUCAACUACGAGCAGCUGAUCGUCGCUCCAGGCCUCAGCAUCAACCUAGGCAACAUCAAGGGUCUCCCCGAGGCCCUGGCCAACCCGGACGCCCCCGUCUCCUCCAUCUACACCUAUGAUACCGUCAACAAGGUCUUCCCCAACAUCGAGAAGCUCAAGAAGGGUUCCGCCAUCUUCACCCAGCCCGCCGGUGCCAUCAAGUGCGCCGGUGCCCCGCAGAAGAUCAUGUGGCUUGCACUGGACCACUGGAAGCGCGCUGGUCUAUACAACCCCGGCAACCCAUCCAACUCAUCCAUCGAUAUCAGCUUCGCAACCGGCUUACCAGUCAUGUUCGGAGUGCCCAAGUACAACGCCGCACUGACAGCCAUACAGCAGGAGCGCGGCGUCAACGCUCUUUUCCAGCACGACUUGAUUGCCGUUGAAGGCAACAAGGCGACUUUUGCCCGGCUCGAUGGAAAGGAGGCUGUGACAAAGGAGUUUGACUUCCUGCACGUCGCACCGAAGAUGAGCUCGCCCGCUUUCGUCAAGGAUAGCCCUCUCGCGAACGAAGCCGGUUUCGUCGAUGUCGACGAUGCCACUACCCAACACAAGAAAUAUGCCAACGUCUGGUCUGCUGGUGAUGCCUCAAGUCUCCCUACCUCCAAAACAGCCGCAGCUGUUACAGCCGAGGCGCCCGUUCUCACUCGCAACUUGCUGCAGGUGUUGGAUGGAAAGAAGCCUGAUGCUGUGUAUGAUGGAUACACUUCCUGCCCGAUGACAACUGAAUACGGCAAAGUUAUGCUGGCUGAGUUCAAGUACGGCCCUGAGCCGAAAGAGACCUUUGGAAAGUGGUUCGGUAUUGAUCAGUCUAUUCCCCGUUCCAGCUUCUACUACCUGAAGAAGGACUUCUUCCCUUGGGUAUACUUUAACUCCAUGGUCAAGGGUAAGUGGGGAGGUCCUAAGGGAUGGACUAAAUAG